AUGGCCGUCGUGGCGGCACUGCUGCUCUCCAUGUCUACGGCGGCGACAGGGCGGGUGCCGGUGGCCCUGGCGCCCGACUGCAAGACCACAUGCGGCAAAGUUACGGUCCCGUACCCGUUCGGCAUGGGACCACGGCAUUGCUACAGGCAGCCAGGCUUCAAGCUCAUCUGCGACUACGCGAGCAAGCCCCCGAGGCCGUACCUUGACAUCGACGGCGGCCGCGAGUUCGAGGUCACCGACAUCUUCCUGGAGAACAGCACGAUGCGCGUGGUGAGCAGCCACGGCCUCAACAUGAGCGGCACUGGACGCGGCCGGUGGAGCCUCGGCAGCCGCAGCGCUGCAAGCGCAGAUGGCGCCGGCGCGACGCCGCUGCCUUACGUGCUGCUGAGGGGCUACAACGAGCUAAUCAUCACGGGGUGCAACGUCCUGGCGACGCUGGUCGGGAACGGCCGCAUAGUGAGCGGUUGCGCCUCCUUCUGCUCCUCCACCGACGACCACGGCAGCGGGGUCACCGGCUCCUUCAAUCCCGACGGCAACAUCUGCUCCAACAUCGGCUGCUGCCAGUCCGAGAUCCCCGUCGACUACGCGUCGUACGAUGUGCGCCUUAGGCGACUCGAUCUCGACGACGACGGCACCUUACCGAAGAACAAGAAGAAGAACAGUACUACGGCGGGCAGCCAGUUGCCCGUGAACGUGAUCAUCGCCGCGACGGACUGGCUGACGCAGGACAUGGCCAUGUUUCUGAACGACCCAGAGUAUAACCCGCCGCCCAAGACUGGGAUCGGGCGUGUGCCCGUGAUUCUCCGGUGGGCGGUGCCGCACGGGUCGGCGGUCUCCGAUUUCGAUACACGGGAGUGCCCCCGUGACGCUGCCAGGAGCAUCUGUAAGAGUAUCAACAGCCAGUGCAGAGACGAUGCGUCUGCUACCUUCAGAGGCUAUUCGUGCAAGUGCAAGGAGGGCUACCAGGGCAACGCUUACCUCACCGACGGAUGCCAAGAUAUAGAUGAGUGCAAGAACAAAGAAGAGUAUGGUUGUUUUGGCGAGUGUGGUAAUAAGAUUGGAUCAUUCGAUUGCUGGUGCCCACCAGGGUACCAUGGAAAUGCGACUCGACACAAUGGUUGCAUCAAAUCCGUUAUUAAAAACAAGAAUACAGGUCUCAGCGUCACUAUAGGAGUUUCUUGUGGGGCCGGUCUGGUACUUUCAGUUCUUACCGCAUUUUUCGUUUGCAAAAAACUGAAAAGUCGGCGGGCAAAAAUGUUAAAGAGGAAGUUCUUCGAGCAAAAUCAUGGACAAUUGUUGGAACAGUUGGUGUCUCAAAAGGCUGGCAUUGCAGAAAGAAUGAUUAUAACAUUGGAUGAGCUAAAGAAGGCCACACGCAAUUUUGAUGAAGAUCUUGUGGUUGGUGGUGGAGGACAUGGUACUGUUUACAUGGGGAUUCUAUCAAACCAACAUAUUGUGGCCAUCAAGAAACCAAAGAAGCUUGUUCAAAAGGAGAUCGAUGAGUUUAUAAACGAGGUAGCUAUCCUAUCACAAAUAAACCAUAGAAAUGUGGUGAAACUCUACGGUUGUUGCCUCGAGACUGAGGUCCCCAUGUUAAUUUAUGAAUUCAUAUCAAAUGGUACCGAGAACGAUCAUCUUCAUGUAGAAGGACCAAAAUCACUUUCAUGGAGCGACAGGUUGAGGAUAGCCAUUGAAACAUCUAAAUCUAUUGCCUAUCUUCACUCAACUGCUUCCAUACCUAUCAUCCAUAGGGAUAUCAAGUCUGCUAAUAUACUCUUGGAUGAUAGUCUAACAGCAAAGGUAGCAGACUUUGGAGCUUCAAGGUGCAUUCCAAUAGAAAAAUCCGGGAUAACAACAAAGGUUCAAGGUACAAGAGGAUACUGGGACCCUGCGUGCUUUUACACAGGACGGCUCACCGAGAAAAGUGAUGUCUUCAGCUUUGGGGUUGUCCUUGUGGAACUGCUAACCAGGAAAAAACCAUUUGAAUAUUUGUCUUCGGAUGAUGAGGCUCUAAUUGUACGGUUUGCCAGAUUAUUUGCAGAAGGAAACUUGGUGGAGAUAUUAGAUCCACAAAUUGUGGAGGAAGGAGGCCAUGAAGUAGAAGAAGUGCCAAAUAUUGCUGUAGCAUGCAUAAAAUUAACACCAGAGAGUCGUCCGACCAUGAGACAGGUUGAGUUGACACUAGAAGGCAUCCGUGUAAUUCAGGAGGGUACUUUGGAUAAUGUGGUGUCCAACAAUGUUUACACAACUGACAUUGGGAUAUAUGAUUUGUCUGCUAUAGAUAGAAGACGCAGCGAGGGAUCGACCAGAUGUUACAGUAUGGAAGUAGAGAUUGCAUUUUCCGCAAGGUGUGAGGUGGACGCGCUCUGCCGCAAGCCAAAGGCGAGCGAAGUCCGGCAGGAGCUCGGAAGAAACUCUGCCGCGAAGACCAUCGCCGAGAGCGACUGUCGUAGCCGCGGCGAAGAUCUCACGCUCGGCUGUGGAGCACGGCACCGGCAUGCCGACCCAGGGUCUGUCUGGAGCGACGCGCUCACGCCAAAGCCACUUAAGGCGGAGGGCAGCUCCGAAGUGGUCGAGGUCAACAAUCUCGAGGCCGCCAAGGUCGCGAGGCCGACAGAUACGCCUCCAUAUAGUUAA